CGCGCGCCUCCGUUCCCUCAGACCCGUUACUCUCGAGACGCAGAAUAGACGGACGGAAAAUGAAGCGAAAAACACGAGGAAAACACGAUCGCAAUUCUGCUACGGGAAACGAAACGGAACUGUUUAGAAGGAUUUCACUCGUCAGAUGCUGGAUUUCACUCGUGGCGUUCACAGCGGUGUCGCGGGGGGAGGCCGUGCAGGUCUCGGUUCGGGACGAGCGGCGCUUUGCGAUGCUCUUCCAGCCGGUGGUCCUGCCGUGUCAGUACACCAGCGUCUCCUCGCAGACUCCAGUGGUCCAGUGGUGGUACAAGUCGUACUGUCGCGAUCGCACGCGCGACGCCUUCCGCUUCCCCGACGCGCUGGCGCUGCACGGGUCCGAGCUCGGCUCUGCGGUGCACCUGGACUGCGGAGACACCGGUCGCACCGUGAGGAUCGUGGCGUCGGGUCAGGGCUCCUCCAUCACUCUGGCUGAGCACUACAAGGGCCGAGACAUCUCCAUCAUCAACAAGGCUGAUCUGCGCAUCGGUGAGCUGCAGUGGGGCGACAGUGGCGUUUACUUCUGUAAAGUCGUGAUCUCUGACGAUCUGGAGGGUCAGAAUGAAGCGCAUGUGGAGCUGCUUGUGUUGGGUCAGACAGUUUUGGCCGAUGAUCUUCUGCCUGGCUUUAAUGUGGAGAUUGUUCCAGAGUGGGUGUUUGUGAGCGCUGUGGUCGUGGGCAGUGCUCUGGUCCUCCUGCUGGUGGGAGUUUGCUGGUGUCAGUGUUGCCCUCACUCCUGCUGCUGUUACGUCAGAUGCUGCUGCUGCCCAGAGACCUGUUGCUGCCCUCGACACCUGUAUGAAGCAGGGAAGGGGAUCAAGACAGCAGUGCCCACACCAGUGCCCAUGUUCCCUCCAUACUACAUAGCUGGGAUGCCCACCAUGGUGCCCAUCGCCCCACCCUCCCUCAUCGACCCACACCUGUCCAUCGACCCACACCUGUCCACCGCACCAUCGCUGGAGCACAACGGCUCGGCAGUGCGGAGUGGUUUCCAUCUGCAGUCUGCGUCAGAUCAGAGCUCUCUGAAGGUGCUGCAGUUCGUGGAGAAGCAGCUCGCUCAGUUCAACCCGUCACAGACGCUUAGCAGCAGCCGAGACUCCUGCAGUAUGUCCGAGCUGAGUUCAUUACAUGAUGCAGAAACGGACUUCCAUCAAACCUAUCGACAAGUACAAAAAAAGGCUCUGCCAGUCAUCCCUGAUCUUGAUGACCCCACUGACCUCCGGACCACAGAUUUAUCUCCCAUUCAUGAGGGACGAUACACACGACAGCCACAGCAUAGAAAUCAGGUGCCAGAUGACAACCGCAGGUGGAACCCUCGCUCCGAGCACCUGCAGAGAAAGGCUUUCCUGGAUCACGGACGGACCGGAUCUCUGGAUGAGCUCGAGGAGUUUGCGAUGACAUAUAUGCAGCGAGGACGUCACGGAGAGCUUGGAAACCGGGAGGAUGACUACAGAACACACAAACGAGAGCGCGAGAGGGAAAGAGAGCGAGAACGGGAGCGCGAGAGGGAGAGAGAGCGAGAACGGGAGCUUGAGCGGGAUCGGUACCCAUUUUAUUCUUCCAAACGUUACUCUCCAAAGGCCAGUCCAGCGAGACGCCUGCCCAGCCCUCCGCCACUGCCUGGGAUAAGGCGGGACAAUGAUCAACCCCAACGGGAUCCACGGGAUCAGAGAGAUUCCAGCAGUACCGGGAGCAGACGAGACUACGAUGAUGCCCUUCUCAACAGUUUAUUGGAACGUAAAGCUAAAGCUGGGAAGAGUGUCUCUUCAAAGGCAGGCCGUACUGAAGAGGACUCGGAAACACCUUCCAAAAACAGCAUCAAGAAAACCAGUGAGCGUCUCCACAGCAGGUCCUCGAGCAACCAGUCCCCUCGCCAGCGACCGGCAGAGGAUAGUGAAUCUCUGCCUCCCUACGCAGAGAAGGAGCUGGAGCUGGAGCGUUCCCGAGGAGCCGAGACCGGACAACAACGCUCCGGUCACGGGCAAAGGAGAGUGACAUUUUUUGAUGAACAAAGUGCGCAGUUUGAUUCCGACCUAGGUCUUUCGAUCACGGUUCGAUUUGUACCUCGAUUUGACAACAGAAAAUAACCUGUACACAGAACACACUGCUGACCAGACACACGCUCGAGGUCUGAUGCCCUCACACAC